AUGCUCUCGAAAAUGUGGUGGUCCUACGACGAAAAAAAGACCUCUGUUAAAUGGGAUUAUGGCGAAUUCCAGGCAAUCCAUACGAAUUUGGCGUCGAAAUUGGCUGAAGUGAGAAAUGAACUGGAUAUGGCGGCCAUUGAAAAGGAAACCUUCAGACGACUUGCUGAACAUGAAAUGAAAUCGAUCAAUAAAAGAGUUUCUCGUUUGAAAGAAGAAGUUCGACAGCAAGAAGCGCGAGAAAGGGAGCUACAGAAGACAUACGGGAAGUUGAAAGAUCAGCGCUGGAAACUGGAACAGUACGAGAUCCGCAGCCAAGCAACGGUCCAAGCAGAACCUGUCACGUACCAGGCAGCAGAAGCAUGA